UCCCUUCGUGACGCUGGAAACUCACAAGCCUAUAAAAUGUGCCUUGGCUCCUUCAGCAAAAUCAAAAGCAAGAGGUGGCUAUACACAGGAGAAGUAGGAUGCUGUUCUAUCCCGAGGUAGCUCUCCUGACUUAGCUGGUACAGCACUUCUUACAGUUUGAACAGCAGAGCCAAAUCUUUAUUCUGACAGAUCUCCCCUGUAACUGCUGUGCUGCCUUACUUCCCUUUCUUCCUUCCUUCCCUCUUCUUAUCUGUUGGUGGGGAUUUUGAAGGGUUGGGAAAGGAAGGUAGAAGAGUGACAUCAUUCCUGGAAGAGAGGAGAGGAACAUCCAAGAUGACUUCUGUCCCCCCAGCCAACUGGAACAUGAGCAUGAGCAGCAAGUGGAACGUGAGCCUUGCUACAGCAAGUGAUGCCUGGGGACGGGCACUGGGAGCGCCAGCUGGAAAUGCUUCUCCCCCUGUAGCAUCCUCAGCAAGCAACUUCUCCAAUCAGUUUGUACAACCCUCUUGGCGCAUUGCCCUGUGGUCUCUGGCUUAUGGUGGCGUGGUGGCAGUGGCCGUUUUUGGAAAUCUCAUUGUCAUCUGGAUUAUCCUGGCUCACAAGCGCAUGAGGACAGUGACGAACUACUUCCUGGUGAAUCUGGCCUUCUCUGAUGCCUCCAUGGCUGCUUUCAAUACCCUCAUCAACUUCAUCUAUGCACUGCACAGUGAGUGGUACUUUGGAGAGGCUUACUGCCGCUUCCACAACUUCUUCCCGAUCACAGCUGUCUUCGCCAGCAUCUACUCCAUGACAGCAAUAGCUGUGGACAGAUACAUGGCCAUUAUUGAUCCCUUGAAACCUAGGCUCUCUGCAACUGCUACCAAGGUGGUCAUUGGGAGCAUAUGGAUUUUGGCUUUCCUGCUGGCCUUUCCACAGUGCCUGUACUCCAUAACCAAGGUGAUGCCUGGGAGAACUCUUUGCUAUGUAGCAUGGCCAGGUGGUCCAAAACAGCAUUUUACGUAUCAUAUCAUUGUGAUUGUGCUGGUCUACUGCUUUCCACUGCUUGUCAUGGGCGUCACUUAUUCCAUGGUGGGAAUUACCCUCUGGGGAGGAGAAAUACCAGGUGACACAUCCAACAAAUAUCACGAGCAGCUCAAAGCUAAGAGAAAGGUGGUAAAAAUGAUGAUUGUGGUUGUGCUGACAUUUGCCAUCUGCUGGCUGCCCUACCACAUUUACUUCAUAGUUACUGGGAUCUAUCAACAAUUAAAUCGGUGGAAAUACAUUCAACAAAUCUAUUUAGCCAGCUUUUGGCUUGCCAUGAGCUCUACAAUGUACAAUCCCAUUAUCUACUGCUGUCUUAAUAAGAGGUUCCGAGCUGGCUUCAAGCGAGCUUUCCGCUGGUGCCCCUUCAUUGAAGUGUCCAGCUAUGACGAGCUAGAGCUCAAGGCAGCCCGGUUUCAUCCCACCCGGCAAAGCAGCCUGUAUGCUGUGUCCAGAAUGGAGUCCAGCACGACAGUGGUGUUCGACACUAACGAUGGAGACAGCACGCACACCAGCCAUAAGAGAAGAGCAGCUCCAAAGGACUUGAAUUUUAAUGGUUGUUCACAGAGGAAUUCCAAGACCGUCUCCACGGCCUCAAGUCUCAUCAGCUCACUGCACACUUCAGCAGAUGUUUACUCCUAA